UAAAAGUUUGAUUAAAAAUCCGGUAUCUCCAUCUUAGUCUCUCGAUAUUGAUUGAACAUUAAAUUAUCAUUAUCAAAACAACGAGUGAAAUUCUGAAAAAACAACAAUGAAAUUUUUAAUCUAUUCAUUGGCUGUCGUUGCUUCAGCAUGUCUUGUUUUCGGUUUUGAAAUCGAAAGCGGACAAUAUGAAAUUGCUGAUGCAUUGGUUAAACAUGCUGAUAUGUUAAAACAACAAACCGAAAAUCAUAUUAUCAAAUAUUUAAAUCAUUCAGAAGAUUAUACUACAUUAAUGCGUUUAGCACAUGAUAUACAUCGUGUUGAAGCUGUUUCUGAAUAUGUUCAUAAUAUGUCACAAAUGGAAAAUAUGACCGAACAUCAAUUACGUAAUUUUCAUUUAUUAGAAUUGGAAUUAUUGGCAUUGGAAAAUCGUGUUGAAGAAGAAAUUUAUCAUUUAGAACAUAAUCAUCAUCAUCAUCCACAUGCAGAUUUCGAUAUCGAAAGCGAAAGUGGACGAUAUGAAAUUGUUGAUGCAUUGGUUAAACAUGCCGAUAUGUUAAAACAACAAUCCGAUAAUGAUGUUCAAAAAUAUCUAAAUAAUUCUGAAGAUCAUUCCAGUAUCGUACAUUUAGAGCAUGAUAUGCAUCGUGUUGAAGCUCUUUCAAAAUUGGUUCAUAAUAUGUCACAAAUGGAAAAUAUGACCGAACAUCAAUUACGUCAUUUUCAUUUAUUGCAAGUAGAAUUAUUAGCAUUAGAAAAUCGAGUUGAAGAAGAAAUGUAUCAUUUGGAACAUCAUCAUCGCCAUCAUCAUCAUCCACAUGCUGAUUUAGAUAUCGAAAACGAAAGUGAACGAUAUGAAAUUGCUGAUGCAUUGGUCAAACAUGCUGAUUCAUUGCAAGAACUUGCCAAUAAAGAUAUUGAAAAAUAUAAAAAUAAUUCUGAUGAUCAUUCCAGUAUUGUACGUUUAGAACAUGAUAUGCAUCGUGUUGAAUUUCUUUCAAAAUUAGUACAUAAUAUGUCACAAAUGGAAAAUAUGACCGAACAUCAAUUACGUCGUUUUCAUUUAUUAGAAAUGGAAUUAUUAGCAUUAGAAAAUCGUGUUGAAGAAGAUAUGUACCAUUUGGAACAUCAUCACCAUCACCAUCAUCAUCAUCAUUCACAUGAAGACCAAAUCAUCGCUGAUGUCGAAAGUGGACGAUAUGAAAUUGCUGAUGCAUUGGUCAAACAUUCAGAUACGUUAAAAGAACGUACCGAAAAUGAUGUACGAAAAUAUUUGAAUAAUUCGGAAGAUUAUUCUAUUCUUAUACAUUUAGAACAUGAUAUUCAUCGUGUUGAAUCUGUUUCUCAAAUGGUUCAUAAUAUGUCACAAAUGGAAAAUAUGACCGAACAUCAAUUACGUAAUUUCCAUUUAUUGGAAUUGGAAUUAUUGGCAUUAGAAAAUCGUGUUGAAGAAGAAAUUUAUCAUUUGGAACAUCAUCAUCAUCAACGUCAAAUCAUCGCUGGUGAUUAUGAUAAAGAUGCUUUAUUGAAAAGAGCACAACAACUUAUUAGCGAAGCUGAAGAUGCUGUUAAAAAAUAUGGACAAGGUAAACAAAUCGAUGUACAAGUUAUCAACAAUGAAGUUGUUAUAUUGAAAAAUUUAGUUAAAGAAAUCAAUGAAGCAACUAAUCCACAAGCAUUAACCAUGUUGGAAGCAAAUCUAGCUGAACAUGAAGAAAUUAUUCGUAAAUGGCUUGAUGAUAUUGAACCAAAAACCACACAAUCGCCAACCACCAAACAUGCUUGAAUUUGAUUUUGAUUUUGAUUAAAAAAUAUUCAAUUCAAUUCAAUUCUUGAUUAAAAUUCUUAUCAAUUUAAUUUCCUUAAA